AUAAAUGUUUUGUUAUUUUGUAGUAAAUUAUUUAAAUAAAUGUUGUAAAGUGGUUUCUGAUAAAUAUGAUAUAGUUUUGUGUCAAGUGAUGUGUAAAAUGUGAUAAGAAACGACAAGAAUCAUAUAAACAUUAUAUGUGUGUUUGUGCUUCUGUGUAUGAAUGUGUAUUUUGUGUGUAGAGUUUACGUUUGACGAUUAUGAUGUCUGGAUUUGUGCAGUUAAAGAAAUUAUAAAUCACUGUUUAUAUUACGCGAAACCUACACAAACCGUUAUGUACAAGAAGGGCCAGUUUUGUGUCAGUGUAUUACUUUAUUAACUUUUCUGUCGCUUGCGGAGUGGAAGAAGAAGUGAUCGGCAAACUUUGCGUGUUAAAACAAGACACAAGAUAGUGUAAAAAAUUGUAUAGAGACAUAUUAAAAAAGCUCGUAAUGCUUAUAAUUCAAGCAUAAAAUUUUGUAAAUUGUUGGAAAAAUGACGGAAAAAUCGCUAUUUUGGUAGCAGAGAGCCGCAUACAGCUUGCGAGCUGCAAGUUUUUUAUAAGAUCGCUCUGAUUCUAUCGGAUACUGAAAUUGGCCAUUUUGCUGAUGAAUUGCCAUUUUAUCGCAGAAAGUUAACAUGUAUAAGCGGCGAAGCAAGCCAAAGAUCGACGACGGGUAUUGUGGCAAAUAUUAGUUAGAUACAAAUGAUAGCAUAAAAACAAAAUAUAAUAUAAACACUAUAAACGGCUGUCCUUUCUCAACCAACAAAAAAUAAAUAUUUUGAGUACAAUGCUUUCCAAAGGUAGUGAAAUAUGAUUAAAAUGAUAAUACAUGAUAAUAAUAUUUACAAAAAUCUCAUGGCCUACCGAGAAAAAAAAAAUAUGGAAAAACGUGGCCACUAAAAAGCACAUAUUCAGUAGUUGGCAGGGAAUCGAAGUUCAACCAGUGAAUUCGGACUGUAUAAUCUUUUUUUUUUUAUUAUAAUUCUUCUUGAUAAAACAAAUAAAAGGUAAUGCAAUCAUUAGAACAUGAAUUGAGACAAUCAUAAAAGGUAAAAAAACACAAUAGAACGCCAUUCGAUAAUCCGCUCUUGAUCUAGUGCGGAUUACCGAGCGUGAACUGUAUGCAUCUAGUGUGUUAGAUAUAAAAAUUAGGAAUGCUUAAAUCUUUCAAACAUACAAGCAGCAAUUGUAAACAGUUUGACAAAGAAAAUAGAUGGCUGUAUAGACCAAAAAUAAAUGAAAAUAGUAAUAUAUGAUAGAUAAUAAAUAGUACUGGUCCCCAGGUAUAUUCGUCAACUCGAUUGACUCAAUAAAAUUCCUGUCAUAGGUUCAAACCUAGAAUGGACCGAUCCCCCGUAUGAAGGGUUGUCCUGAUGUGCGAUACCCAGUUCAAUGUUUCACACAUUAUGUAAGGUGGCAAAUAAACAAUGUUUAACAAUUUCAUUACCAGUGUACAUAUUUUGACCAUUUUAAUCGAAGUAGCCUUAGCAUCUGCUAAAACCAUCCACAUAACCGGGCGAGUAUAGUGUCCUUUACGCAGAAAUGACUAUUCUGUGUAGGCAAAGGACUAGACCUCUAACGGUUAAUUGACCUAUUUAAUUAAAAUAAUUGAAUAAAUUUUAGCUAUUGACCCGCUAGUCGAAGAAGUUCUAGAGGGAGAAUCUUCAGCUUCGUCCGAUGACGGGUCAAACGAGGAGGACAAUAACGAACCGCUAAUAACAGCGGGGUUUAAUGUCCACGCUCAUACUUUGGAUGACUGUAUUCGGUACUGGGCGUUAAAGUGCAAUGUGCCUCAUUCAACAUUAAAUUUAUUUUUGCACAUAAUGCGAGAACGGACGGAUAUACGGCUACCGAAAGAUGCACGGACAUUGUUGAAGACAAGCACGGCACCAAAAAAUAUUAUGAACGUCGCUGGGGGCCAAUAUUGGUACAACGGUUUAGGAAAGUGCCUUCAACAAAGAUUAAGGUAAGAUUGUAGAAAUAAGCUAAAUAAUGUUAGACCCCACGACACUGCGAUAAAAACGAUCGUAAAUUUACGGUACUAGAUAAAUACAAUGGUAUGACAUUCGAAAUUUUAUUAGCGAUUGUCUGUUUCAUCACUUGUUGCUUAUUUUACUAUUGCAAACUAUAUACGAACUUUAUUAGAUUGUUGUCUGUAUUAGAUUAGAUUGCCUUCUGCUUGUUUUCAGUUGUUAUAAUAAAUCAUAAUUCAUAAACGAAAAAUUAUUAUACAAGAAGUUUUGCAGGAGUGAAUCUUUCAAAUCUGUAUGAUAAAGAUGUUUUGUUGUUGUUACAUUCCCAUGUACUUUUCCAUCAAUAUAUCAGUUUUUCUUUUUUGUUUAGGAACCAUCAGGUAGCACCUGAUGCUGAACUGGAAAUCAAUAUUUCAAUAGAUGGCAUACCGUUACAUAAAAGCGGCCGCACAUCUUUUUGGCCUAUACUGGCCAGUAUCCAUAGGAUGCCAAGCGUCAAACCGAUGACUGUGGCUAUAUUUUGUGGAUCGAAAAAACCAGAUUCGCUCGAGCAGUACCUUCGGCCAUUAGUAGAUGAAUUGAACAAUCUUAUUGAUAAAGGUAUUGCAGUGGGCAAUAAUGACACAACGGUCAAAAUAAAAGUACGUGCCAUCAUUGCUGAUUCACCGGCACGAUCAUUCAUUAAAGGUAAAACAAAAACAAAACAAUAUAAGGGGUCUAUAAAGAUGCAAAUCCCGUCAUGGCACACAAUGGAAAACAUGGGUGUCUUGCACUGUUGCAAAUGCACUGUUGUUGGUUAUCACCAUCCUAUAUCACGGACUAUGUGCUUCCCGGAUACCAAAGCUCCUCUAAGAAAUGAUUUGGAUUUCCGUAGGCGUAACUAUAAAGAACACCAGAAGGAACUAACGCCACUACUUCAUAUACAUGGCUUGGAUAUGAUAAAGCAAAUUAUUAUCGCCGAAGAACUACAUUUAAUGCAUCUUGGUGUUGAGCGAAAAUUACUGCACGGGUGGAAUUACGGUUUGUGGGGAGCUGAGAAGUGGUCUGAUGAAGUAAAAGAAGAAAUAUCUUCGGAGCUGAGACGCAUAGUUUUGCCAUCGGAGAUCCAUCGCAAGCUACGCGGGUUGGACGAUUUAAAGUUUUGGAAGGGCUCUGAGUAUAGUUCCUUUUUGCAUUAUGCUGCCCCUAUCAUUUUGAAAGGUAGAAUUAGUGAUGAUGCAUAUAGCCACUUCAUGCUUUUCCAUUGCGCAGUUAAAUUUCUUUCUUCUAACACUUAUAAAAGACAAUGGGAGACUGCUGAUACAUUUCUUGAACAAUUUGUUACCGACUAUGCCCAGAUUUACGGAGAGGGUUACGUGAGUAGCAAUAUUCACAACCUGCUACAUGUUACUGCAGAGGUAAGGCAAUUUGGCCCUCUCAGCACAUUGUCAGUAUACAUUUUUGAAAAUGCUCUUCAGGUAAUGAAGAACAUGCUAAGAAGUGGUUGGAAAAAUCUGGAGCAAGUAAUUAAUCGGCUGUCCGAAUUAGACAAUUUUAAUGCUUCAGAACCAAUGAAAGUUUUGUAUGAGAUCGAAGGCCACGGAGAUAACGUUACAUUACAAAUGAAUGAUUAUAUUUUGAAGAAAGGUAAUAGAGAUGGAUGGUUUCUUUCAACAGAGUACGAAGUUAUUCAGUUUUGUUCGGCAGCGAAGGUAGCUUCUUCUGUUGUAAUAACUGGAAAGAAAUUGAUGGGUAAUAAGGCAACUUACAAUUUCCCCGUUUCUUCAAAAUAUUUGCAUACAUUUGAAUGUAACGUUAAAGACUCAUCAACAGCCACAAUUAAUAUAAACCCGAGCAGAAUUUUCUGUAAACUAGUUGCAAUUCCACUUGGUGAAAACGGGCGGACACAUUUUACCCCGCUAAUUCACACCCUGCCAAAGGUAUACAGCGAUUCACCGAUGGAGUAAUAAAAGUAAGCAUGUGUAAAUUAUAAAAUAUAUGUAGCAAAUAGUUUAUGUCUGUCAAGUGCAUCAAACAAUUUAUUCACUAUUUUGUACUCUAAUCAUCACAUUAUUUCAUUAUAAUAUAUCGUAUAUAGGAACUGUAAAUUUCAUCAUUUGAUUUCAUUAUCACAUAUUUCACUGUCGUUAUAUCGUAUAAGGCGCUAAAAGUUCAAUCAUCCGUUGUUGUAACAUUUGCCUUAAAGAUUUUAAUUGGCGCAAUAGGGGCUGGUUUUUUUCCCCUGAUAACGUCUGGCGCCGUUUAGCAUUUUUGUUCUUCUGUUUGAACAGGUCUCGCACCUGUGUGUCGCUCAGAUUUCCUAAUGUUUUAAAAAUGUGUAGAACAUUUCCAAAAUCCAUUAAUGCUAUUUUCUUGCUUCCUUUAUUGAUUCCUGUCCAGCAACAAUGGGCAAACAGUGUUUUGGAAAAAACAAUGUCAAUCGCGCUAUGAAGUAUAUAGUGUAUUCUUGUAUCUCCAGAUUCCCGUAAAAUGUAUUGUAAAAUAUUUUUUUUAUUUUCUUCAUCCGAUUCAAGACGUUUAUCGAACUCUUCAAGUUCAGUCCUGUCCUUCAAUGGGCUGAA